AUGUGCGGGCGCGGCGCGGCUUUGUGCGGCGGCUCCCCCGCCCCGGCCCCGCACUGAGCAUGUGCCGGAGCCCCUGCCCGCCCCCCGCCCGCGGGCCCCGCGCCGCGCGCCGAGCCCCGCGCAGCGCCCGCGCCGCCGCACGGGCUGAGCGGGGCCAUGGAGCUCCGCAGGUCCAUCUCGGCCAGCGCCGAGGCCGAGAGACCCACGCGGCGCUACGGGGCAGUGGAGGAGACGGAGUGGAAGGCGGAGGCGCUGGGCAGAAAUCAACUUGACAUCAUUUCAAUGGCUGAAACAACAAUGAUGCCUGAGGAAAUUGAGCUUGAGAUGGCAAAGAUCCAGAGACUUCGGGAAGUCUUAGUCAGAAGAGAAUCAGAACUCAGGUUUAUGAUGGAUGACAUCCAGCUGUGCAAAGACAUUAUGAACCUUAAGCAGGAGCUGCAGGCUUUGGUAGCAAUCCCAGAAAAAGAAAAAACAAAGAUGGAGAAGCAAAGAGAGGAUGAACUGAUUCAGAAGAUUCAUCGACUGGUACAAAAAAGAGAUUUUCUUGUAGAUGAUGCAGAGGUGGAGAGAUUAAGGGAAAAAGAAGAAGACAGGGAGAUGGCCGAGUUCCUUCGCACCAAGUUAAAACCCAUCGACAAAGCAACACAGUCUCCUACCAGCAGCCCAGCAGAAAAGAAGGCAGAACCUCCUCCAAGCAAGCCCACCAUUGCCAAGGCAGGGUUGGCAAUUAUAAAAGAUUGUUGUGGGGCCACACAGUGCAACAUCAUGUAGAGCCCCGGGCUUGGCACCCUGCUUGUCUUUUCAAUGUUUCCAUUGAGUGGCAGUGGAUGGUGAGGGGAACCACCAGCAUCCUGCUGAGGGAGGCAAGAGCAGCUGCACAGGUGUAACCAUGGACUGGACAUGGCAGGUUCCUCACUGUUGCAUGGAUCACUCUACACGCAUGCCUACAAACUAAAGAAAUCUAUAUAGUGGCUGUCCAGGGACCAGAAGAGAUCAGCAGUAGAGUCAACAAAAACCACCCCCGUGAUACAGGUGAAUGAAAAGGGGCUCUAUUUAAUCCAUAUGGUGUAAACCAGCAAUUUUAAUAGGCUAUAACUUCAGAAGAAUAUGUUGUACACUUUCCCCCUGUGAUAAACUACACUCAAAAUUGCCAAAUUCUCCUAUUUUGGCUACUUUUCAGAACAAAAGCCACAAGUAGCAAUGCUAUGUAUAGCACAACUGAUAGAGGAAGCAACUGUAGGAUAACUGAUGUUGCAUACAAAAUACCAAACUCGUGUGAUGUUCAGCUACUUAGCUGUGGAGUUUCAUUUCAAAUUCUUCCUAAAGAAUGAGAUCAGUGACAAGGAUGCUGCAAGUAGCUACAGAUUUUUAUAUCCCAUAUGAUAUCUGAGUUACUCAAGUCAAAUUAAUAUUGCUUGCACCGGGGGAAAUAAAUCCCUGGCAAAGCUUUAGCAAAUCACAGCUACAGUAAUCUGCAAGUUGAUGAUGCAGUCCAAGGUUGUGUCACUUCUGUUUUAGAUCUCCAGCUCCCAUGAAGUAAGAGAAAUAUUCACCCAGGGUUUUUUCCAUUUUUACAAGCUAUGUGCAGCAGGAGAUUACACAUCACUGAGAGAUUGCAGGGAGAAAAACAGAAGACAAAAUUUAACUAAUAUUGAAACCAUGCUUAAAGCAAAUCUUAAUUGUAUAUUUUCUGACCACAAGAAAUAGCAACUAUCCAUAAAAAAGCAUAGGAAGACACAAGACACCCAAGACAAAUUGGCCACAAGACAAAUAUACAAAUACAGAAGUAGGUAUUUGUGGCAGGAAGAUCACAUUCUAUAUAAAAUGGGUUUAAAAUUAAGGGAAAUACAGAAAUCCUUGUCUGUGUUUCACCAUUAAGUGUGUUUCUGGUCUCUAUGCAGAUUAAGCUUGUGGAAUCUAAUAUCUUUAUAUUAGCUGUCAGUAGCUGGUUUGUCUGUGUGAUGGUAUUCCAUAUAAAUGUACUGUGAUAAGUGUAAAUAGUAAAAUAAACGUACAUGGAUCUAGUGUGACAGUCUCAGGCUUAGAAAUAACAAAAGAUAGCAAAAAGUUCCUAAAAUAACGUUUUGCAAAAGGAACUUCCAUUUUGUGAAGCCAGCUAAGUGAAGUGUGUGCUUAUAUACCAAGGAACCACAGUAUAGGAAAGGAGAAAAAAUUAACAGCAGUUACCCCAAAAGGAUAAACAGUUAUUUUUUUAGAGAGAAAAAGUAUCUAAUUAAGGUUGAAGGCAAUAGACACCAUCUAAAGUAACUCAGACUAUCCUUACAAAAUAAAACCUAAUCCCUAGCACUGACUGAUUUGAUGAAAAACACAUUUCCAGAAUAAUUUCAGUAUUGCAGACUCACUUGAGACAAAGAACCAACAUCACUAACUACCUUAAGUUUUAAGGAUCAAAGAGGAAAAACCACAAAAGGUUUCCACUGAGACAUGAAGCACUUUAAUUACUUUGACCAAAGAUGCAGGCAAGAGAACAAAGGCUGACUCUCAUGUGUGAUUAUUGUAUCCUUGUUGAGACAUACAACAGCACAUUGAGCUCCUAGCUGACACAAUCUGUGCCUGGUGUGGGCUGGGCUCUGCAGGGCACCUGGGUACAUUUACACAGUUAGGGGGAAAACUGCUUUUAGGGGAGAAAAUACACACUGGAGGGAAAGAAACACCCAUUGGCUCCUGUAAAAUUGCACAGGCUCUUGCUGGUACCCAGUUAAGACAUCAGGAAUUGUCAGUAUCUGAGGCAAGAGGCAGAUGGGCAGGUGUUCAGUGUCAUUAAUAAAAGCAAAUGGGAGUCAAGGAAAAACCAAAUUUUAAACUUUAAACCUGGGGAGGAUCAGCUGUGAAUGCCACUAAGGGUCCGGAAGGACUUUGCACAUGGUUUUUAAGGCCUGAGGUGACUUCUGCAAAAGAGUGUUUAACCCCGGCUGUGCUGAUGAGUGGGGUGAUCCCUACAGGCUGCACCGACUCCACCUGGGAAUGAAGUGAAGUGAGUGCAAUGUUGGUUGCCAUGAAAAAAUUUCAUUAGCAAGAAACAGACAUUCCUGAGAAGCAACGCUCAUGACCAGGCUACAGAGUAAUCUCCUUUAAUUAAAUCCAAGAAGAAACACAGCAAGUAGGAAUGUGCAAUAUUCUUACAGUUGAGCACUGGCAGCCAGUGCCCCAAAGGGACUUGAACUCCGGGAGUGUUAAUGAGAGUGAACUUCAUUUUCAGAAGUUCUAGCUUGGCUCAGCUGGAAGGUUUUCUGUAUGCCAGUUUUUGUUUUUAAUUAGCAAAUUUCUUUGUUUAUUUGGGUGGGUUUGAAGAGCUAGCCUGCAGUGCACAAGUGGUUCCUUCAGAAGUGGGUCAGUGAUGCUGCUUAGCAAUAAAGUCCUGGGUUUUUUAGACUGUAAGGUCACAGUCUCAGCUGUGUUCAACACUGGUUUAGUGUUGCCUAUCUAGAACACAGCAGAGCCCUUAUGGCUGAUGUCAAAGCUAAUGGCUGCAAUUAAACAAACUUAGGAAGGAAUUAAGUGUAAAACUCCUGUAAACUUAGGAAGGAAUUAACUGUAAAAAUCUUGACCCUUAUUUUUAAAAGCCAGACUAAAUCACUGAAUAUUCCAAGAACAACUAGGGGCUUUGUAACUUCCAUGAUCCUGUGAGCACAACACAUUACACAAACCCCGUAUCUAAAAUCAGCAGAGGAUCAGGCAAGUAUCUUUGGGUGACUAUAUGGAGUAACUGGCAUCAUUUCAGAGUUGAUUUUCAGAUAUCAGUCACUGUCAGCAGAGAGGGACAGUGAUGGAAGCACCCAGUAUCUCUUCUGGAAAUCCUGGCUAUUUAUCACUUCACAGAGAAGGCAAGGCAGUGGAAAAGGAAGAGCAUGUGUAAGAAUGUGUAAGGUGGAUUUGAGACACUCUGGUAAACAUAACUGUGUUCAGGAAAGGAUCUUGGUCUGCUGAGAAAAACAAAAGUGCUGAAGUGCUAUUUGUACAAAUCACCAGUUCCACCAGCAAAUGGUUCUCUUGUACCUUCCCCUAGACCUACUGAAUCUCUUCCAAGUUAAACAUAUUUCCAAAUAAACUAAGCUGCUGUGUUAUACUAA